AUGCAAUUUCUCAUAACUCUUGCCUAUGUUAUUACAGUUCACAAAUCUCAAGGUCUAUCAUUCAAUAAGAUUGUUCUGAACAUUAUCAAGAAGAACUUUGCAGCUGGCUUGACUUAUGUUGCUGUCUCACAGGUGAAGUUCUAUCAAGAAUUGCUCUUUGAGAAGGCAUUUGAUUAUCACAGAUUUCGCAAAGACGAAUUCAAUACAAUGAAAAUGAGAUGUUUGAAUACAGAGAGACAUGAACUGCAACAUUUCUCAUCAGCAAGACACUCGCUCUAUAACUCACUGCUCUCAAGCUUUGAUGAUCUAUAUGAUGCAGAUCUCAAUAAUUACAAGGAUUCAAGAGUUUGA